AUGGCAGCGGCGAUCGCCAGCGGUUUGAUCCGACAGAAGCGGCAGGCGCGCGAGCAACACGCCCACCGACCCACCGCGCACCGCAGGCGGAAAAGCCCCGGGAAGAAGCAGGGUCUGUGCAACAACAACCUGGUCGACAUCUUCUCCAAAGUCCGGAUCUUCGGCCUCAAGAAGCGGCGGCUCCGGAGACAAGAACCACAGCUGAAGGGGAUCGUGACGCGGCUCUUCUGCAGACAGGGCUUUUACCUGCAGAUGGCGCAAGACGGAACUCUGGACGGAACCAAAGACGACAGCACCAACGCAACUCUGUUUAACUUGAUCCCGGUGGGACUGAGAGUCGUGGCCAUUCAGUCGAGUAAAACUGGACUUUACAUCGCCAUGAACGGAGAAGGACACCUGUACACCUCUGAGCUGUUCACGGUGGAGUGUAAGUUUAAGGAGUCGGUGUUUGAGAAUUACUACGUGAUCUACAGCUCGAUGUUGUACAGACAGAAGGAGUCGGGUCGGGCCUGGUACCUCGGCCUCAACAAGGACGGACAGAUCAUGAAAGGAAACAGAGUGAAGAAGACCAAGGCAGCGGCGCACUUCCUCCCCAAACCUAUAGAAGUGGCGAUGUACCGGGAGCCGUCUCUACACGACGUCGGCGAGACCGUGCCUAAGCCCGCCCCCUCCGCCAAGACCGCCACGCCCCGCCCCCUGCUGGUCAACGGAGGAAAGCCCCUGUGCCCGCCGAGCACCGCGCCCACAUAA